UCUCCAGCAGAUAGGACAGAUUACAGGCAAAAUGGAAGAUUCUAAGCUAUCAGGGAUGAAAAAACAAUUAGAAGAGCUUGAACUUGGAGUUCGUCAAACCCAGAUUGAACAGUUAAGCUUGAUCAAGGAGUUAAAUGUCGACGAUAUCUCCAGCAAACUAGAUCGGGUACACAACAGUCAAGAUCAGAUAUUAAAGUCCCUGAAUCAGCUACGUGGUGACCUGAUAAUAAUGACAAGUCGACUCUGUAGAACUGAACACAACUUCCUGGGGAAUACUUUGCGAGGUUUGAAUGAUCGGUUGAUAAGAGAGGAUACCUGUGGUCCUGGAUAUCUAUGUGUACUAGAGGCAACACCUUGGCAGAUACCCCCUCAACUUCAGGAGAUGAUAGACGUAAGAUUUGAGGGUUUUUUCCUCCUUUACCCCUGGAUAAGAGACAAGAAAGCAAGAGAUAAUAUCAAAAAUAUCUUGAAGCUAAGUCUGGAAAAUGGACCUCAGUUCAGAUCAACUGUAAACAAAAUUAUGUAUGAAAAAAGUAAUGAAUUUCUUGCGUGGAGAGCACAGAUUAAAGAAAAGAUGUUCAGUGAAUGGGAGAAGGUUCAGAAAAUGAAUUUCACCGAAGCGGCCAUUUUCAUCUUUCAGCAGUUCAAGAAACCAAGAAGACCAGAAGAGGUGCUGUCAACAGAACUCUACGCGGAGCAUAUGAUUGAGGUUGGUCAAUACCUUAUCAGGAAAAGAAUACGGAAUAGCAGCAAAGAACUAGAUAAAAGUGCAGAAUUAAAGGUAAACACAAGUAAGUUCUGGUAUGAAGUGAACAAGAAGGUGACAGAUCUUGACCGAAAUAAGAGCUCUGAUUUUGACCCAACCAAGAGCUCCUAUCUUGACCGAACUAGAAGUUUCAAUCUUUACCGAAGAAGGAGUUCUGAUCUUGAACAACCCAGUAGUUCCGUUUAUGAUAGAACUAGGAGCUCCAAUCUUGACCGAAGCAGGAGUUCCGAUCUUGACCGAAGCAGGAGUUCUGAUCUAGACCGAACUAGGAGCUCCGAUCUUUACCGAACCAGGAAUUCCGAUCUUGACCGAACUAUGAGCUCCGAUCUUGACCGAACUAUGAGCUCCAAUAUUGACCGAACUAGGAGCUGGAUCAAACCUACGGAGAAGAUUAUGGAGCUCCUGCCAAAGAACUUAAUGGAGAAGAUGGACAAAGAUUCCCAGUACAAUUCUGCGUCUUCUCUUCACAACAUUUUGCUGGAGGAGGAUGAAGACGAUCUGAAAGCUGACGAUCUUGAAGCUGAAGAUCUAAUAAGAUCGACAAUUGGAACUGUAGCUGCUAAUUAACACUGAAGAAGCUAUUGAAUCUACAUGAAAACAGGGGAGGAUCAGUAACAUUUUGAAAGCUAAUGACAAAACUGUAGUUGAUCAAUAACAUUCAGAAGCUAAUGUUAUUAGAUCGACAACGAAAACUGUAGCAGCUAAUUAACACUUUAGAAACAGUAGCUGCUAAUUAAAAAGCUUAUGAUCAAAUAAAAUCUACAUCAAAAUAAUUGCGAAUCCAAUAAAAUUAGUAGCUGAUUAGUAAUAUUUUGAAAGUUGAUGGUCAAAUGAUCUAUUAUCAAAACAGUGGCUGAUCAAUGACAUUUAGAAGCUAAUGAUCAACUGAUCUACAGUUAAAAUCUUAGCUGGUCAAAAACAUUUUAAAAGUUAAAUAAAAUUUACAUCAAAAAAAUCGAGGAUCAUCAACAUUAUCUGAUUAAUAACAUUUCAGUAGAUAAUGAUCAAAUGAUCUACAAUUAAAACAUUAUCUGAUUAAUAAAAUUUCGGUAGAUAAUGAUCAAAUGAUCUACAAUCAAAACAUUAUCUGAUUAAUAACAAUUACAAGCUGAUGAUCAAAUUAAAUUCCCAAUCAAAACACUUCAUUAUUAUAUAUAACCAAAACAUAUAUCUACAGUUUGUCCUUCAUAACAUGAAAAUGUUAAGAUUUAAAACAAUAAUUUUUAAUAUGCAGUAAACAGACUAGUAUUGCAUGUUAAUGUUUUGUUUAAGUCCUGCUAAAGCAAUUUUUCCAUGUUUAAAGGGACUGUAAGCAAUUUUUAAGUGACCCUUCGUACAAAGAUGGCAAUGCCCGAUUUACAACGGUACCCUGGAAACCUUAAUCUGAAUAAAAUGUGGAAGAUACAACCAUUUUAUUUAAAUCAUUUCUACAUUGCUUCUUAUAGCAGGGAAUGCGCAAAUAACUUUCGCAGAGAACCCGCAAAUAAAAAUAAACAUUUUAAAGAAACAAAAGCAUUGAUAUCUAAUUUAUUUCAUGUCUAUUAUAUUGUAUGUGUAGCAUGUUUGCGUGUUAUCAACCUAUUUCUUUGUUUAAUAUUUUUAUCAAUUAAUUAAAAAAAUAUUAAAUUUUCAACAUUUGCUUGUUCAGAUUUUUUUUAUUCUUGCAUGUUCAAUAUGUGCUUGUUGAGCAAAAUCAUAUACAGCAAAUUCUUGUUCAGUAAAAUCAUGUUACGUAAAAUCAUGUUCACUAAAAUCAUGUUACGUAAAAUCAUGUUCACUGAAAUCAUGUUACGUAAAAUCAUGUUCACUGAAAUCAUGUUACGUAAAAUCAUGUUCACUGAAAUCAUGUUACGUAAAAUCUUAUAAAAAUAUAAGAAAUAUGAUUCGCCAGUCGCCACUGCCUCCUUCUAAUGGAAACGAAUUCUUGCUGCAAACUCUGAUACUUUAAUCUCUUUAUCUGUGCAGCCUCAAACCGACGUGUGUGGACCUUUGAUAUUUCAAACUAUUAAUAUUGUUAGAUCAAAUAGUCUAAGUUUGAAAUAUCAAAUGUUUACACCAUCAGAUUUCAAAGAUGUAGGAAUUAAUUCAGAGUAUGUGACAAGAAUUCAGUUCCUUUCGCUACACUUCCUUCAACUUCCAUUCGUUUUUCCGCAUCAACUCCUUUUUCCCAUUUCUUGGUCCUUUCUAUUAAAAAUAUACAGAUGUAUCAUAGACAAAAAUGCAUUUUUUGAAUGUUUAAAAAUAAAUUCUUCAAUAUACAGUGAGAGUCCCAUAAAACUGUGAAAUAGGAAUUCGACUGUUAGUCUCUAGACAGAUAGUUCAGCAAGUACAAUAGAAAUGGACCAAUUAAACACAAGUGUUAAAUAUAACAAGAAAAAUGAUAUUUUCUCCUAUAUAUAAGUUGACAUGUUUUCCAGGAUUAAAUAAAAAAUUGUAAAAACAGAAAAUAAAGAACAUAUAAAAUUGAACUUAUUUUACUGUUAGAUAAGCACUUAAGUCUAAAAUUAUCAUUUUUAUUAAUAAUUUUGUCGGACAUAAAAAGUGAAUUGACACUUGUGACGUCAGACGGUCAGAAUACAGCUGUACUGAGAGUACAAAUUCUACGUAAUCUAUUGUACUAUAGAAUCUAUUUGGUUUAAGUAAAAUUAUUUGCUUUAGAGCAAAAUAAAAUAAACAGAAGAUUGCUUAAAAGUCAUUUUACAAUUUCAUAGUGUUAUAGGUUCCACUGAAUUUACUGUUUUAAAUUCUAAAUAUCUAAUAUCCUAAUAAUCAUAUGUUGAAUAAUUGUGAUUUUCUAAAAAUUAAUUGUAAUUCAUUUAUUUUAAU